AUGGCAUCUGGCCAAGAGAAGGAUAUGGCAAGGGAGGAAGGGCCCACUGCACCUAAUGAGGUGGUGAGCAAUGCUGCUGAGAUUGACCUCAAUCAAGAUGAGGCAAUGGCUGACAUUGAAUUGGAUGAUAUUGAGGACUUGGACCUGGACCUUGAAGCUGAGAACCAUGAUGAAGCUGAGCACCAUGGUGAAGCUGAGCACCAUGGUGAAGCUGAGAACCAUGGUGCCCCUGAUAACCUUGGGGAAGAGGAUAACACCUGUGGGAAGGAGGCCACUGGUGAUGAAAAUGACUUCACUGAGGGUGAAGGCACGACUUAUCCUAUCUCCGAGGAGAUUGUCCAACUCCAGGCUAAGUUUAACCAUCGCAAGACGGAGGUGCAGCCUUGGCUUGAUCUGGUGAAUGAAACCAUGAUCCUUGCGAAUGUGCGUCCUGAGGCUCGCGUCACUGCAGCCACUCGUGCAUUGGACGAGGUGGCCCGCAGGGCAGUGUAUGGCGCUAAGAAGCAGGCGCAUGGACCAUUUGGGUGGCCGGAGUUUUGCACCGCGCUGAAAGAGGCAUUCAUGGUCAAGAAGUCCGACCUGGAACUGCGCGGACGCCUUGAGCAUAUCAAGUGUCAUGACCGUCCGGUGCAGGAAUAUGCGGUCGAGUUGGAGGCCGCAGCACGCUCGCUCCAGAAGCCCUUGUCUGAGGAGGAGAUGAUGCACCUCUUUAUGAAAGGCCUCCCUAUCAACCUGCAAGAGGCACACAUGAUCGGCGACAUGACCAAUUGGACGACUUACAAGGAGCUGAAGGAGCAGGUGAUCAAAACUGACACUGUCAUUCGCACAUAUAUCCAUGGUCCUGCAAAGGCGGACCAGCAGCCCCGUGCUGAGGGCUCCGGUGGUCGUGGGAACUGGCCCCAGAACGCCAAUGGCGGAGGCAGUUCGAAUAAGCGACCUUUCCAGCAGCGUGAGCACCAGCCUGGACCGCAGGCCAAGAGGGCUAACGGGGGGGGAGGUCAUGGCCCUAACAAGCCGGACUUCUCCAAGAUGCGGUGUCGCGGCUGUGGAUUUAUUGGACACAUCCAAAAGCAGUGCCGUAACAAGAACCCAAUCAAGUACUCUGGGAAGCCGAAGCCAGGCGGCGCGGGACCUUCUGGAAAGAAGGAUUUUCAGAAGCCCAACUAG